AUGUUCAGAUUUCUGUUCAGCUUCUGCAUUCUUUGCUUGAUUUCGGUAUCAAUGGCAAAAGUUUUGAAAGUGAGUUUGAUUUCUAACAUCGAAAAUCGGAAUCAGAAAAUAAUUCCAGUGGCAACCAGUGUCAUUCAAUCGGGAACUCCCAUCUUGGCGAACAUCUCAGCGAUCAAAACAGGUAAAAUUUUGGGUUAGUGUGAAUAUUCUGUGAAAAUAAUUGAAUUCUUCUUACAGAUUCAGGGAUAUGGGCCAUUAUCCGCGUUUUCGGAUAAUGCAUCAAGUCGCCCGCUUUUCUUUGGAUCUUGGAGAAAACGAUUUGAUGAUGAAUAA